AUGGUUAAGGUCGAAGGUGAGCGAUAUUUUUAUUACAAAGGAAGGGUUUGAAAACGGAGAUUUUUUUUUUUAAUUUUUCACAUAUUCCGGGCCUUAAUUUUACAACAAUUCCUGAAAAAAAUAGCUCGCGUUUUGCAAGAACAGCCGAGAUAUUCAACAAUCUUUGCCGUCGGACUAAAAAUUUUGGUUGUUUCUGCAAAACGCCAACUGGCAUAUGCCUUACAAUUUUUUCUGCCGAAAGUUACAAUGUAUUUCGCAUACUCACUUCAAGUUUCAGAUGGCCGCCGCGACGAUGAGAAAGAAGAGCUUAUUGAGGCCAAGACUUGGGGAGAAAUGGCAAGACUUUGGCCCAAACAGACUUUUUGCAUCAUCGGCAACGAAUUCUGCGAGCGCUUCUCCUUCUACGGAAUGAGGACUGUCUUAACCUUGUACUUGCUGAACAUCCUCAAAUUCUCCGAGAGCGAUUCGACCGUUUUCUUUACCAUCUUCACGGCUGGCUGUUAUUUCACUCCUCUUUUUGGCUCAAUUUUGGCUGACUCUUACAUUGGAAAGUUUAAGUAAGCAUUCUUCAUAUAUUAUAUGUUCUAGCUGGUCAUUAAUUUUGGAGCAUAUAUCUUCACUAAUAAUGUCUAAAUUUUCAGGACAAUCAUCGUUGUUUCCAUCGUCUAUGUGUUUGGCCAAGGACUUCUCGCGUUUGCCUCCAUCUACAACCCUAAAUGGAGUCUGCAUCCGGCCAUCGAUCUUCUCAGUUUAUUCAUCAUUGCCUGUGGUACUGGUGGAAUUAAGCCUUGCGUAUCUCCGUUUGGGGGAGAUCAAUUUGACAAGCAUCAAGUCGCCAUGAUUUCGUUAUUCUUCUCGGUUUUCUAUUUUUCAAUCAAUGCUGGAUCAAUGAUCUCCACUUUCAUGGCUCCGAUUUUUAGAGGUAGGUAAAAUACGCUGACUUUUGACUAUGUAAUUCAAAUUUUAGCCACGCCAUGUCUAGGGCAAGAUACGUGUUAUCCAUUGGCUUUUGGAGUGCCAGCAGUUCUUAUGGCAGCCGCUACAGGUAAAUUAACGCCUUUCAGUAUGAAAUAUUCAAUGCAAGAUUGUUAAUCGUUAAUUAUUUCAGUUAUUUUCAUUGCUGGAAGCCCAUGGUAUCGCCGAGGACAAAGUGGAACCAACGUCUUGAAAGACACAAGCGUUACCAUCUUGGUAUGCCCAUUUUUUAUUUUCGUAUUGUAAAUCAUCUUUAGACCGCGUUGAAGCACAAAAUCUCAUCGAAUGAGAAACGCGCGCACUGGUUGGAUUACGCGAUAACAGGUCAUGAAUGCACUGAGAGUCUGAAAUGCAUGAGACUCAAGAAGAGGAUGCAAUAUCCAGAAGCUUGUGCGGAAACCAAGUUCAUCAACGACGUCAAGACAUUGUUCAACGUGUCUGUCAUGUUCCUGCCUUUGAUUGUCUUCUGGACCCUCUACGAUCAGCAAGGAUCCGUCUGGAUGAUUCAGGUAACACUAGCUAGCUAGUUAAUUCUUUAAUUGUUAAUAUUACUCAAUUUUGACCUGGUUUCAGUCCCUACAAAUGGAUUGUCGUAUCUUCUGGGGCAUCUUCUUGUUGCCGGACCAAAUGCAGACCCUGAAUGCGGUCCUAAUUUUGGUCAUGAUCCCGUUGUUUACGGCAAUCAUCUAUCCGUUAACGGAGAAGCUGGUCAAAUUAACGUAAGGCCCUUUUUUUAAUUUCAAGUCUUUUUUCUUCCGUUUGCAACAAAACUACAAUUAUAAAUGGUCAUUUGCAGACCGUUGCGGAAGAUGGGAGCAGGCGGAAUGCUGGCGGCUGUAUCGUUCGUUAUCUCCGGCUUUGUUCAACUGGAAGUCAACGUAAGCUGCGAUAAGAGAGCAACAGACAAAGAACGCAAUUUUAGAAGACCCUGCCGAUGUUACCUGCAAAUGGAUACGAUUAUGUCACAGUUUUCAACAAUGUCCCCGAUUGCACAGUGAUGGCUUGGGUUGGAGAUUACAAGAACGCUACUGUGAAAGUAGAUCCCUUCACAGCGAUGGAGAAUACAGCCAGCAAAAUAAACUUAUUCAACGUUCCUGCUGGGAACAUCACAUUCAAUUUUAAGUAUGAAGGAAAUUGUCCUGAUCUGCUUCCAAAUUCAGCAGUUUUCCAAAUCGACGGAGUUGACAGAAAAGACCCCUCUGUUGGAUAUAUCCAUAUCAAUAGCCAUGGAAUGUUCUACUCGACAACGCCAGCACAGAAACCAUCCGAGGGAACAGGAGAACAUGGCCUAUCGUAAGAGGAAUUUGGGCAAAAAAAUGAUGACAAAUGACACUCGAUUAUCUUAGCCAUCUUUCAGAGUCAUCGUAGCAACAUCGGAAGCGAAUUUCACCAAGAAUAUCGCAGUUUGUCGUGUGACCGGGGAAGAUACAAAAUAUCCAUGCGAUCCGCAAACUCCAGAAGAUUUUUAUUACUUCCAAGUGAAUUACAACGAUGGGGAUGCCACGGAUUUACUCGGCAAAUUCCCUUAUCUUACGAAGAAUGGAGAGACCAGUGAAGUGGCUACGGUCUUUGUGAAUAAGGGAGUUAGAAGUGGAACGUAAGCAUUUAUAGCGACAAAAUUGAAAUCAGCAGGCUCUCUUCUAUUAUAAAAAAAUUAAUUUUACAGCUGGCAUCUCUAUUACAUGAAAGAAACGCCAAAAUCGCUGGGCCAUCAGACCAUGCCCAAGGAGAACCUAACCUUGGAAGAUGCGCAUAUUGAGUAUGAAAGAGAAACUCAAGGUGGAGUUUAUUUGUUAUCGUUGACUGGAGAACACCUUAAUCCAAGCAAUGGGACAUUCCGGGUUGUCCCGGACAAUGAGAUCUCAAUUCUUUGGCAAGUCCCUCAAAUCGUUGUCAUCACUGCAGCGGAAAUUAUGUUUUCCAUUACUGGGAAUGAGUUCUCCUACACAGAGGCGGCUGUUUCGAUGAAAUCUGUUGUUGGUAAGGGCUGUUUCAUACCUUAUUUUGUAUGUCGGUACCUAAUACAUUAAUAGGAGCAUAAGCACUGUCAUUUUAAAUUCUAUUUAGGUGCUCUCUUCUUAUUGACCAAUUGCCUUGGGGACUUGUUGAUCAUUGUCAUCACGAUGCUGGAUUUGUUCGAGAACAACGCAACCGCCGCUUUCUUCUACGCCGGAUUUAUGGCAGUUGUCAUGGGCAUCUUCAUCAUCUUGGCGGCCUUCUUCUACGAGUACGCUCACUUUGGAAACGAGCCAAAUAUGGAGUCAUUGGAAGACUUUGGUGAAGAAAACGAUGACGACUUAAAAUUACUGGUCGAAGAAUUCAGAAACCCCGAUAAAAUGAGGCUUUAA